CAUGGCAUUGUUAUUUUUGUUUUUCGUUUGAGCUCCUGCCUGGGUUUUUCAUCGCCGCCUGCUUGGUCAGUGGUUUGGUCGGUGUCGUGCCGCUCUCCCAUUGUCGGCAUUCGUGGCGGGCCGAAUGGUUCCGCUCGUGUCCAGUUGUUCCCCAGAUAUUAUCGGUGCUACUCUGAAUGGACUGUGAACAGCGUAUUCAAGUCAACACUGUGGUGGUAGCCUCUUUCCGACGCAUGGCCACACCAUAUACCCAACCGAGUGUGUUUGAAAUCGUGUCCUUGCAUAUCUGUCGGCCAGGUUCGUCGGAAGGGCGCGGGCGACAUGGCUCGGUGUUCAGCCGGGCGGUCGAUCAACCGGAUUCUUUUGUCAUGGGUUGUGGGAUGUGCCCGAGCUCGGACUGGCUGUGAAACAAUGCGUGAAGGCGCGCGAGACAAGCGCGCUCGCACGUAACAACGCGUCUGGACACGCACAGGAAUCCGCCUCGCGCAUCGUGAUUCGUCCGGACGCGUUCGCGCUGCCUGC